AUGACCCGCAAGGCGACUCAGGACCGGCGGCGGAGCGAAGCCAACCUUUUUCCGCGCAGCGCGGACUCCCGGGCCCCCGCUGCCCGCGGCCGCAACAGCAGCUGGCUCGGAGGGUUUCAGCAGUUCGUGGCCCUCCAGCUGGCCUGGAGGUGGGGGCCCUCGCCCGGGGGGAGGCCCCCGGCCUUCUCCUGGGCCGUCGCCGUGGGGCGCGGCGUGGCGCUCGCCCUGGCGGCUUGUGCCCUCGCCCGCUACGGCGGGGGCGAGCUUCGCGCGCGGCUGCUGCAGGGCGCCGUGGUCCUCUCCUUCCAGAUGCCCGGGUACAUCAGCCUGCAGUACCUCUUCCAGCCCACAGGGGGCGCCCCGGAGCUGGCCUACAGCUGGGGCAGGAGCGACGUCCUUGUUCUCAACUACCUGGUGGUGGUGGCCGUGACCCUGCUGUGGCACCACCUCCUCCCUUCGGGGGGCAGAGGGUCAGAGAAGAAGCCCUCGGCGUCCUUGGGGUGCCUCAUCUCCAGCAUGCGGCCAGAGGCGCUGCGGUUUGUGGCCAUCACCGUCCUUAUGGUGAUGUCCUCCAUGGGGGAGAUGGCGAUUCCGUAUUAUACCGGGCACGUGACCGACUUGAUUGCAAGCAAGAAGGAAGCCUCGGCCUUCACGAGGGCUCUGUGCAUGAUGUCCUUUUUCACCGUGGGCAGUGCUGUAACAGAGUUUGUCUGCGACUACCUGUACAAUACAGUUAUGAACCGAUUCUAUGCCCGCCUCCAGGGCUCUAUCUUCAGGUCUGUUCUGCGCCAGGAGAUCGGGUUCUUCAGCACUAAUCGAACAGGUGAGAUCACUUCCCGUGUCUCGUCCGACAUUGAUGCCAUGAGUGAGGGCCUCUCGAGGGAACUGAACCUUCUGUUGUGGUACCUGCUCCGGGGCCUCUUCCUCUACACCAUGAUGCUGUGGCUCUCGGUGCCCUUGGCCCUCUUUGUCACCAUGGCCCUGCCCUUCAUUCUGCUGUUGCCAAAGCUCUCAGGGAAGUUCUACCAGAACUUGGCCAUGCAGGUCCAGGAAUCCUUAGCCAAGGCCAACGACGUCGCAAUGGAGACCUUCCAGGCCAUUUCCACGGUCCGCAGCUUUGCCAAUGAGGACGGGGCUGCUCAGCGCUACGCAAAGAAGUUGCAGGAGACCUACAAGCUCAACAAGGUGGAGGCUGUGGCCUACGGUGCCUCCAUAUGGAUUCCUGAGGUCUUAGGACUGGCACUCAAAGUGGGGAUUCUCUUUUAUGGGGGACACCUGGUCACUCAAGGGAAUCUGAGCAGUGGGGCUCUUGUUACCUUUGUCCUGUACGAGAUGCAGCUUUCCACAGUGCUGCGGGCCUUCCUUUCUUCUCAGCCCCGUGUGCAAAAAGCCAUUGGUUCAUCAGAGAAGGCUUUUGAGUAUAUGAACCGGACGCCCCAAAUCAAGCCCUCGGGGACUUUGGCACCCACAGAUUUAAAAGGACACAUGGUACUUCAAGAUGUCUCAUUCUCCUACUCCAACAAUGGCAAUUCUCUGGUGCUGAAGGGAGUGUCCCUAGAGCUGCACCCUGGUACUGUGACUGCCCUGGUGGGUCCCUCGGGGUCCGGGAAGAGCACGGUGGUGGCCUUGCUCCAAAGGUUCUACGAGCCCCAGCAAGGGCAGGUGCUGCUGGACGGCCGGGAGCUGAGCGAAUAUGAGCAUCAUUUCCUGCAUCGAAAGGUAGCGCUGGUGAGCCAAAAUCCAGUACUCUUUGCCCGAUCCUUACGUGCGAACAUUGUGUAUGGCUUGGAGGAACAAAGUCAGGGGAAGGUGAUCGAGGCUAGUCGGCGAGUGGGAGUUCAUCGAUUCAUCUCCAGAAUGAGCCACGGCUACGAUACAAAUGCUGGGGAAGCAGGGGGCCAGAUUUCUGGGGGGCAGAAGCAAGGGGUUGCUCUGGCCCAGGCUUUGAUCCGAGACCCCAAAGUGCUGAUUCUGGAUGAUGCCACCAGUGCCUUGGACAUGGAGAGUCAGCAACAGGUAGAGGAGGAGAUCUACGAAGGAGCAGCUCGCUGCACACGCUCCGUUCUCCUUAUCUCCCACCGACUUCGCAGUGUGGAGCGUGCCGAUCUCAUCCUGGUCAUGGAAGAUGGGGAGAUUUGCGAGAAGGGGACUUACAAGGAGCUGAUGGAGCAGAAGGGGCUCUACUGGCAGCUGCUGCAGAAGCAACAGAAUGGGGCAGAGGGGGGCAGCAACGGCAUCCCCAAUGGGAACAAUAGGCAUUGAUAACGGGGUUCAAAUCAGACGGGCAUCCUGGUCUGGAUCCCAGAACACCACCUAUUGGUCCCCGCUAGCUUGGCACAGUGGAGGGAAGUCUCAGAAACACAAAAGGUCUGAAGAAACAUACUGUCUUUUCUCUCUCUUGUUUAUUUGAAAGUUUAGCAUUCCGAAAAGUCUAAACUGCUGUUCAGAAAACUUGGUUUAAAUGAUGUGCCCAUCUGUGCCAGCAGAAAAGCUUUUGGGCACGGGGUUCAGUUUAAGCAGAUGGCAGCAUCUAGCUGACCUUGGCUGAAGCCAAAGUAAGUUGCUUAGUACCUUGGCCAAGACAAGUCGAAUCCACAUUGUGGAGGAAGGCUGUGGCAAACCACAGUGUUAGUACUGUUGCCCAUAAAAUUCAGGGACCCAAGUUGGUGUGGAGCUGGAAAGAAAGUUGAGAGAGAAACACCCACUACAAAAAAGUGACUUUUUUGCUCCCCAACGAUACAAACCACAAGUACUUCAGGCAAAGUGAAAGGCCUUUAUUAAGGGGAGGAGUCAAGUCUUUAUAUAGGGUGCAGAAGCAAAUGAUACAUGCAUUUGAUAUAUGCAUCACAUACAUUGCAUCUCCUUUCCCACCCAGGUUUGUUUCUUUAACCCUUGCAACACUCAAGGACUUCAGAAUACAGCCCUAUUGUUUGACCAAUGGUCCCUGAAAGAGCUAGGUUUUGCACAUCAAAAGAAAUGGCUUUGGCUGAAAAACAUGGUUUCCUAAACAUCAAGAGGGGGCACAAAUGCCAUGCUAAAAUGCUAAUAUCACUUUUAUAGAAAUGCUAAUAUUUGCCAAGAAAACCACAUGGAUGUGUCUGUGAAGUCCCUAGGAGUCUAUCUCACAGCACAUGUUUUACUUGAAAAAGUGCAUAUUUGGAAAACUAAAGAUUAGUGCUUUUAGAAGAAUGGGAAAAAUAUGCACUUUUCUGGCAGACUUCAAGAAAUCCAUGUACUGAUGGGGGAUUGAGAUGGAACAAGCUAAAAGUCAAGGAACUGAGCACCAUCAAUUUUAAUCUCCAGUGCCAAUUAAGGGGCAGCCCUCUUUGCAAGUCUCUGACAUCAGAACCACCCCCCCAGCUUCAUGAGGUGUCAGGAUCCCCAUCCUGAUACUAAAUGAGAUCUUGCAAAUGGCUAGCCCAAACCUGUGAAAUGUUGGUGAUCUCUUGAGAGUGCUGCCAUUUUAUUGUGUUACUUUUAAAUUCAGUUUGGAGGAGUUGCUGUGUUUUGGAAUGAUGAGAGGCCUAUGGGACCCCUUGUGUGCUGUCGUGCUUAGCCCUCCUUUAGUGUGCCUUAGUGAGUAGACCUUGGUGCUGCGACCCUCUGAGGUAAAUGCCUCCUUGGCAUCAGCUUGGACUUAGUAUGUCUUCUGGGAGACACCAGACAGACUUCCCCUCUUGUCGCCUUGCAUCUAGUUGAGGAUCUACUAUUGGUCAGAGGGAGGCAGCUUUCUGAAUUGAAGGAUUUGGCAAGUCAAGAUGUUGGAGGACUUUGCUGUCAAGCCAGGUAGGGGCAUCUGCAGGGAGGAUCAAAAACAUCAAGAUGGUGUGUGUGCAUUGGAAGCCCUGCUUCUUUUUUUCCUUGUGUCGUGGUUGUCACUGCAGCUGGGCAUGGCUCAUCCACCACCAC